AUGUUCAGUAGCCAGGCUAACUUAGUUGGCUGCAGCUAGCUACCCAACUAGCGACGUGGAUAUAUUGACAUUAAGGAAACGGUCCUAAAUAUAGUGGGAAGAAUGUCCACAUGGACAAAAAAUAUAGCCAGUCAUUAAUGGCAAUUGUCCACCAGUUUAGGUAAUGUAACGUUAGCUGUCGUCCUGGUCCCACAGGGCUGAAUCACUUAUGGCAACAUUAGCUAGCUAGUCGCUCAUCUAGCUAGCCAACUGUCGAUAACUGACUGGGAAGACAUCUCGGCAGGCUACAUUUAGCUAACCAGCAAAGUUAACGUUACCUCGCGACUGGUUGUAUAUCUGACAACAGAUUAACAACGUUUUUAUCUGAAAGGCACAAUAUUUCACCGCAUCGUUUCGGACCAAACCAAUGUCAAUUCUCAACGCUAACGUUGGCUAACCUAGCGAUACUAUCCUAACUUGGAUGUGAAGAAAUCUCUCCGGAAGGCCGCCGGUGUAGGGGUGGGGACUUCAAGGGGUUUACACGGAAAAAACAUCUGGAGAAACACUGACCGGAGGAAAGGACAUUACAAUUUAAUGAUGGAGUCGUCUUUGGGACUAAGUCAGGAUAAAUGUGUGGCAACGGUAAAAGGUGUGGAACAUCGGGCUGGACAGAAGGAACCAAGACUUCUCUCUCUCAUCGAGCGCUCUGGGGAGUUUGAGUUGGGAGUUUUGGCAAAUCCUGAUUCUGUUGUGACAAGUCCUCAGCCUGACCUGUAUAUACCCAUCAAUAGUCAUUUUCACAUAGUACGAGAGGCCGAGGAGGCUCUUCUAAUAGAUAUCCCCCUAAACGCCUCGUUUCGUGUGCGUCUGAGGGGCGAGCGUAUCCCUGAGCUGCUGCUGGAGCUACAGGACGAUGAGCGCAGUCAGAACUUCAUCACGCAGGUGAAGAGGGCCAAGCAGCUCGCGGAGUCCAAGACCAGCGUGCCCAAAGCCCAGGAAGCUGUCGUCCCUCCCCCGCGGAAGGCGUCUGUGCCCAUCGCUCCGCAGAGAGGUGUCUCCAGAUCGGUCAACGCCGCCCCCCCUGUCGGCGGCAACCCCGCCCGGAACUCCGUGCCUCCCAACCCCAAGAGCAACUCGUUAGGGAAGCAGACCAACUCAGACCCAGCUCUCUCGCUGGCCACCGACUUUGGCUUCGAGGACAAUUUCAACCAUGCGCUGAAGGUGGAGGAGAAGAAGAACCAGCAGAACCGUAGCAGCAGCAGCACCACCACCACCACCAACGCCGCUGCCGUCGCCCCGCCCCCACCCAGGGAGCGUCUCCCGGCCCCCCCACUGCCGCCCCGUAAGGGCUCCUACACCCCAUCGGCGCCACUGCCCGCCACCCCGCCGCCCAGAGACCGAGGGCCCGCCGUGCAGAACAUGACUCCCGUGAGAAUAGACGCCCGGCCGGCGGUGGACAAGAACUCCACCUGGACGGACAGCCCGUCCAGCAACACCAUGCGGCAGGCGCUGCUGAGCCAGGGCCAGAGGGAGGGCAUCAUCCGCCACCGCAUGGCCAAGAAGGAGAAGGAGUACGUGGACCUCAAGAACUUCAGGUUCUUCACGGGGACGUGGAAUGUGAACGGCCAGUCUCCCGACUACAGCCUGGAGGCCUGGCUGUGCUGUGACCCCGACCCACCUGACGUUUACGCCCUGGGGUUCCAGGAGCUGGACCUGAGCACAGAGGCCUUCUUCUACAUGGACUCCUCCAAGGAGCAGCAGUGGGCGGAGGUGGUGGAGAGGAGCCUGCACCCCAAGGCCAAGUACAAACGGGUGCGCAUCGUUCGUCUGGUGGGCAUGAUGCUGGUGGUGUUUGUCAACAAGGAGCACAAGCACCACAUCCGAGAAGUGGCGGCGGAGCACGUUGGCACGGGCAUCAUGGGCAAAAUGGGCAACAAGGGCGGCGUGGCCGUGCGCUUCGUGUUCCACAACACCAGCUUCUGCUUCGUCAACUCCCACCUGGCGGCCCACGUGGACGACUUUGAGCGACGGAACCAGGACUACAAGGACAUCUGCGCCCGCAUGAGCUUCCACCUGCUGGACUACCCUCCCCUCAGCAUUGUCAAGCACGACGUCGUGGUCUGGCUGGGAGAUCUGAAUUAUCGUCUGUUCUCGCUGGACGCAACGGAGGUGAAGAAGCACCUCAGCAAUAACGACCUGCGGAAACUGCAGGAGUAUGACCAGCUUAACAUCCAGAGGCAAACAAAGAAGGCGUUCACUGACUUCAUGGAGGGAGAGAUCAACUUCAUCCCCACGUACAAAUAUGAUCCCAAGACCGAUAAUUGGGACUCCAGUGGGAAGUGCCGUGUCCCUGCCUGGUGCGACCGGGUGUUGUGGCGCGGCCUCAACGUCAAGCAGCUGCACUACCGGAGCCACAUGGAGCUGAAGACCAGCGACCACAAGCCCGUCAGCUCGCUCUUCAGCAUCGGGGUGAAGGUCGUGAACGAGCAGCGGCACAAGAAAGUCUUUGAGGACACGGUGCGCAUGCUGGACCGCAUGGAGAACGACUUCCUGCCCUCGUUACUGCUGACUCGCACUGACUUCACCUUUGAGAACGUGAAGUUCCGGCAGCUGCAGCUCCAGUGUUUCCAGAUCACCAACGACGGCCAGGUGCCGUGCCACUUCGCCUUCAUCCCCAAACUCAACGACACGCAGUACUGCAAGAACUGGCUGAGGGCUGAGCCCUGCGACGGCUACCUGGAGCCCAACGAGACGCUGGAGAUCCACCUGGAGGUGUACGUGAGCAAGGACUCGGUGACGCUGCUCAACUCGUGCGAGGACAAGAUCGAGGACAUCCUGGUGCUGCACCUGGACCGCGGCAAGGACUACUUCAUCACCAUCUCGGGCAGCUACCAGCCCAGCUGCUUCGGCACGUCGCUGGAGACGCUGUGCCGCAUGAAGAAGCCCAUCCGCGAGAUCCCCGUCACCAAGCUCAUCGACCUGGGAGAGGAUAGCUUCACGGAGAAGGAGAAGUCCAAGAUGAACUUCCUGCUGAUGGACAGCGCUGGGACCGAGGACAAGCCCCUGAAGAUCCCCAAGGAGGUGUGGCUGCUGGUGAACCACCUCUUCACUAAGGCCUGCCACCAGGAGGACCUGUUCCAGACUCCAGGCCUGCAGGAGGAGCUGCAGGGCAUCAUAGACUGCUUGGACACCAGCAUUCCAGACACCAUCCCUGGCUGUAAUCACUCGGUGGCGGAGGCGCUGCUGAUCUUUCUGGAAGCUCUGCCGGAGCCCGUGGUGUGUUACGAGCUGUACCAGCGCUGCCUGGAGAGCACGCACGACAGCCGCCUGUGCAAACAGCUGAUCUCUCAGCUUCCCCGGGCUCAUCGCAAUGUGUUCCGCUACCUGAUGGCCUUCCUCCGAGAACUACUGAAGCACUCAAUAGACAAUAACCUCACCGCCAGCCUGCUAGCGUCUCUCUUUGCCAGUCUUCUGAUCCGGCCCCCUCCGAACAUGGUGAACCGGCAGGCGUCACCGGACCGGCAGAAGGCCAACGACUUCAUCCUGGGCUUCCUCAUGUCAAGUGAUGAUGAGUGAGGGGUCAAAGUUCAAGGGUCGGCAGUGAAGGGUCACGCCCCCCACCCUUCCUCUGCCCUGUGUGAUGUACCAGUUCAGGUGGACUUGAGGCCUGGAGCAAAAUAGUUGAGGUGUGUGUGUCUGUGUGUAAGUGUGUGUGAUUGAAGGUGUAUGUGUGUGAGUGAGUGAGUGAGUGUGUGUGUAAGCCCCAUGGCUGGAUGCAUCAAGAAGACACUGUGCUAUGGUUGUUGGAGAAUCUUUUCUUUUUUUGCACACAGAGACGGCUGUCCUCCUUGAGCCCAUCAUCACAGUGUGUUCGUGUGUGUGUGUGUGUGAUUGUUUGUAUGUGUGUGUGUGUGUGUUUGUGUACGUUCCUCCCCUCGACUGCCUUUUUUUGCACAGUGGCUGUGGAGGAGAGGCCUGGGAGAGAGGGCCGUGUGCCUCUAAGGUCCUCCUCGAUGCCUCCCCCACGGGCCCUCAUCCGUGCCGUCAGUUUCCCCCCGCCCCUCCUCCUCCUCCGUGUCCAAUCCAAUCCACUACCCCCACGUGUACCUUAAACAUGCUGCACAGCGCUGCAGUCCACGCCAAAAACCAAACACACCAACUGAAACGUUCAGGAAGAGUGCUCUUCAACACACUAAGUUUGGCCAUCCGAGCCACCGUCUGCAAGCUGAGCAUUACUGUUGUCAUGUCUGGCCUUCUCCCUGUUUCUGAAGCUCAAUGGACCUUGUGGGUGUGUCGCACCCAAGGCAGAUGGUGAGCAGGAGAAUGGUAUUCAGGUUUUACUGAAGAGGAACUCACCAGUGGACCUGAGGAGUGACUAUUAUUUUGAGUUAAGUCCCUCUAGUUCCUGAGGUUCCCAGUUCCUGAGCAGGAGUCGUCAGGAACCUCCACUGUGACGGCCCAUCCCCUCAAUGCCGUUCAUGGCCUGGACACCGAGGAGGAUGGCAUGUCAUGUGUUGCACGUCAUGGAUCCAGGCAGACUCGAGGAGAAGAGGUGUUUUCUCAUGGGAUGACUAUGACAAUCGACUACCUUUCUAGAGGCAGAGGAGCUAGACAAAACUGCUAGAGCGGUUAUUUGGGAGUAACAGUAGGUGGGAGUUAUUCUAGAGUCAUUAAUGGGAGGGUGUAGAUACAUGGUAGUGUAAGCGAAUGUUAUUUAUAUGCAUAUAUAUAUAGAUAUAUACACACACACACACGUGUGUUUCUCUGCUCAUCUGAUAUCUUGAUCAUGUCAUGUUCUGUAUUUUUUUUUUCAUGGUUCAUAGUUUGUUUUCGUUUUCUGAAACACUCUUUGGAUAUACCACAUCUGUCAGUGCCCCAACCCCCCACGUUACUGCUCCCAAAGCGUCUGGGAAGGUCAGCUGGACCUGGGCGGACUGGCCCAGCUCACUGGCCAGCUGGGUUGGACACUGGAGCUGUGAAGCUUUGGUCAUUGAUCCCGUGAGCCCUCAACAGUUCCUUUCCUCUCCCAGACUGCCUUCUUAAACCCCAAGCCUGUGCUCAGAGAUCUCAAACUGUACCUUUUUACCCCAUUGUCUUAACUGUUCUAUGUGUGUACCAUAACUGUCUCUCUCUCUUUCUCUCUCUCUUGGUGGGUGUUUAUUAAGUGUGCUGUCGUGUCUUAACUGCUAUGGUGGAGUGACCGUGUUUCUCUGUUCUUUCCUGUUGAUGUCGCCAUCAUCGCUUAUGUUGAGAGUGUUGAACACACUCACACAUCCAGAAAUCCCAAUCUGUGUUUACAGUCUUCAACCAUGACUUUUACUUCUUAAGUGUAUGUGAGAGUGAAUGUGUACGUGUGUAUUAAGUGUGUAUGCUCUUGUAUGGCUGUGUGUGCAUAUGUGGGGGUGUGGCUUACCUCUCUGUGUGACAUGCUACUAUUUGGCACAUGACACUUCACGGAGCUGAAACCGCAGGAUGAGAAUUUUUUUUUUCUUCUUUUCUUGCAAGUUCAUUUCCUCUUGUAAGCUCUGUGGAAAAAAGGGUUGUCUGUAACCUAAGUUUGUUCCACGGAAGUGCUGCGCACUGGUAUUUAUCCUGGAACAGGACCAUUUUGAAAUCCACAAAAAGAAGUUCAGUGCUUAGCCAUCUUUAUCAUCUGAAUGUGUGAAAUGUCACUGCUGAUGAUCAGUUGACAAGAAUUUUUUCGAGCUGUUACUUCGACUGCCUUUCAUUUUGAAUGGAAAGGGCAGCUGUAUAACGUUUGGUUGCUAGCUGCAGCAGUUGAUCCAUUAAAAGACCGCAGUCACGCUCCGUGCUGCCAUUUCAAAGACUGUCCAAUGAUCUUGUUCCUUAGAGAUGUAGUCAGGCGGGCCGUUCUUUGAAUGCCCUUCUGAACACUCUUGCCUUCUUCCUUUCCUUUCUGAACUCUUUCUUUUCAAAACUGUUGUGUCAUUUUCUUGCCUUUCACACAAUCGGUGUCUGUGCCGCUACAUUUCUGGUGGGACUGGUUGAGCACUGGAAGCAUAAUCAUCAUUUCAGCAUUUUACUUGAAUGAUUGAAUAACUGAAUAUUUUCCUUGAAUUCCUGCUGGCAUUAAGCCAGAGGGAUAUUUGGACGAAGACCUCAAAGCAACCGGUUCUCACACCAGACCCUCACCGAGUGGUCGUCCCCUCCUGACCCCCGGCGGCAGCUUUGGGCCCAGUAGCGCCACAUCAGCAGAUUGUAGGUCACCCCAUCAUCAUGUCUUUCAUAAUCUCCUGUUUCCCAGAAACCUCAGUAAAUCGGCUCAGUAGACUCAACCUCCUACGCCCCCCACCCCUCCCCACCCCUCCCUGCCUUAAACGCUUGCUCAGCAUUGCCAAACCAACGAUGCUUAGGAAGGAGAAAUCCAUCACGUAUGACAGAAGAGAGUCACCGUGUGGUAGUCUGUGACUUCCCUGCUUUUAGGCUUUUUGGCAUAGCUAGGCCACCAUCCCCAUAACCCAGGCUGGUUGAAACUUUUGAACUGAAUGUUUACUCCUGUGACGUAAAUGUUGUCUUCAGCUGUUUGUUCUGAGUGUUUGUUUUUUUUUCUAACGGUCCCUCUCAUAAUUAUGGUACUUAUGCAAACAAAAACUUGCACACAUUGUCAUUUCUCCCUUAUUUUUGGUACUUUUAAUUUAUUUAAUGGAAAUAAAACUUAUUUGAAAACGUA